UUGGGAGUAAUCAUUGCCACGUGUCCAUGCAGAAGCCAAGCUCUGGUGGCUAAUACAGGCGACCUCAGGACUUUUAUAGCUACUUCAUUGCUUUAUACAAUGUUUCUAUAGUUAAUAUUAAAAGCGUCAGCCAGAUAAUCUCUCUCCCUCCAUCUUUAGGUGAAACUUGUCCAUUUGCUUCUAAGUCUAUUUUUAAAAGAAAUUUAUAAAUGUACAACUCCUUCUUUGCUUAGAAUCAAAGAUGAUGAAGAAGAGACAGUUUUUCGAGAAGUGGUCAGUUUUUCCUCGGACCCCCUGCCAGGUGAGGAGACGGAGGCUCUGAAUACUGACUCCACCUUCACGCCUGGGGCUUCGGGGCAGUUAGAUAUUAUGACAAGGACACCACUAAACCCAUCAGCUUUUACUUGUCUUCGCUGGAGGAGCUCUUGGCAUGGACGCCCCACAUGGAGGAUGGCUUUAACGUGGCCCUGGAGCCCCUGGCGUGUCGCCAGCCCCCUCUGAGCAGCCAGAGGCCCCGGACUUUGUUGUGCCAUGACAUGAUGGGCGGGUACCUGGAUGACAGGUUCAUUCAGGGCUCGGCAGCACAGACUCCCUAUGCCUUCUACCACUGGCAGCACGUCGACGUCUUUGUGUACUUCAGCCACCACGCAGUCACCAUCCCCCCGGUGGGCUGGACCAACGCUGCCCACAGGCAGGGGGUCUGUGUGCUGGGGACGUUCAUCACGGAGUGGAAUGAAGGUGCGAAGCUCUGUGAAGCCUUUCUGGCCGGGAACGAGCGCUCAUACCAGGCAGUGGCCAACCAGCUGGUCCAGAUCGCUCAGUUUUUUCGUUUCGAUGGCUGGCUGAUCAACAUCGAGAACCCACUGAGUCUGGCCGCCGUGGGGAACAUGCCUCCUUUCCUGCGGUACCUGACCACGCAGCUGCACCGGCAGGUCCCGGGGGGCCUGGUGCUGUGGUAUGACAGUGUGGUGCAGAGCGGGCAGCUCAAAUGGCAGAAUGAACUCAACCAGCACAACAGGGUCUUCUUUGAUUCCUGUGACGGCUUCUUCACCAACUAUAACUGGCAGGAGGAGCACCUGGAGCGGAUGCUGGGGCAGGCAGGGGAGCGCCGGGCCCACGUGUAUGUGGGCGUGGACGUGUUUGCUCGGGGGAACGUGGUCGGAGGCCGAUUUGAUACAGACAAGUCGUUGGAGCUGAUCCGGAAGCAUGGCUUCUCUGUGGCUCUGUUUGCUCCUGGCUGGGUGUACGAGUGUCUGGAGAAGGAGCAUUUCUUCCAGAACCAGGACAAGUUCUGGGGCCGGCUGGAGCGUUAUCUGCCCACACAUAGCAUCUGCUCUUUGCCUUUCGUCACAUCCUUCUGCCUGGGCAUGGGUGCACGGAGGGUCUGCUACGGCCAGGAGGAGACGGUGGGGCCCUGGUACCACCUGAGCGCUCAGGAGAUGCAGCCUUUGUUUGGAGAACACAGGCUGGGAGGGGAUGGCCGGGGCUGGGUGAGGACGCACUGCUGCCUGGAGGACGCCUGGCACGGGGGCAGCUCCCUGCUCAUCCGGGGUGUGAUCCCGUCGGAGGCUGGAAAUGUGGCUGUGAGGUUAUUUUCCCUGCAGGUCCCCGUGCCCCCCAAAAUUUUCCUGUCCAUGGUAUACAAGCUUGAAGGGCCUACGGAUGUCACGGUUGCUUUGGAGCUGACCACGGGGGAUGCUGGCAGCUGUCACAUCAGUGGCAUCUCAGUGUUGAAUGCAGAAACAAGCUCAAGGCACAGCCUCCGACCCCUCCGGGUACCUCCCACCAAGCUGGCCAGAUGGGUGAGCCGCUGCGGCCGGCAGCUGAGCGGGGGCUGGGUCCAGCACUGCUACGAGGUGAGCCUCCGUGGGUGCCUCUUGCGGGACCUCUUCGUUUGCUUCACACGGCCACCGGGUAGCCGGGAGGAGGAGAGCUUCACCUGUCGCCUUGGAGAGAUCCAGGUGGUGGAUGCUGCCAGCCUGCUGGCCCCACUGCCUCAGGUGCAGGCCGUCACUGUCUCUCACGUCCGCUGGCAGCUGGCCGCCUCGGAGUGGGAGGGACCCCCGGCUCUGCUCCAGCUCAGCUGCACCCUGCACUGGUCCUUCCUCCUGCCACAAGUCCGCUGCUUCCGGAUCCACUGCUACAGAGGGACAGGCGAUGGCUCUCCGCCGCCGAGGCCAGAGAGGCCCACGUUCCUGGGGUUGGCUUUUGCCACCCAGUACCGGGUAGUGGACCUGCUGGUGGAUGCCGCUGGGCCCGGCCAGGAUCGUCGCAUUGGGUUUCUGGUGGAGCCUGUCCCCAAGGAAGGGUUCCGGGUGCCUCAGGCCGAGUGGGGCCGGGCGGCUCUGCUCUACUCGGCCCCCGAGUGAGUGGAUGCUAAGGCCUGGUGGUCUGGCCUCGGGCUGAGGCCUCUUCCCGGCCAUCUGGCCCUUGCCUGCGCUGGGACUGCUAAGUGCCGGCAGUGGCGGUGAGACCCAGGUCCCGGGGCUGGGGCGGAAGACCCCGGGCUGAGUGCUGUGGCUUUUUGGCGGGGGCGGGGGGGGCGUUGACAGGACACCAAGCGGUGGGAUUGCAGCGUUGGUCAUUGCGAGGUGAGUGGCGGGCCCUCUGUUUCUGCCUAGCCCCCUCCCCACGGUACAUGGUUCCCAUGUGAACAUGAAAGAGGAGAGGAUGUUUAGGACAGAAAAUUCCAUAAAGGGUAUUUCCUAAUAGGCU